AUGACAAAAGAAAGGUCGAUAGUAGAGCUCAAACUUUCGCAGAAUCCAUCCAGAAAGAUCAGGCGGAUAUAUGCACUUCCCCAACAGGCAAUAUCAGGACUGCGGAAUGCACUCAUCACUUGUGAAAGGUCACCUAAACAAAUUCAGCACGAAGCUGACCAGCUAACAGAAGUCUUGUCACAACGAAGGUUUCCUGCUACAGCUUCUGUCGUGCGAGAAGUUCGAAAUAAAGUCAAGGAAAUGUUAAAAGAGAAACAAGAUGAUGAUGCGAUGUCCGGUCUACUGAAGGAAAAACUUACAUCAGGCAUUGAUUAUAAGGAACGUCAUCAAGUCGAUAAAAUCCUCAAAAAAGCUAAUUUCAACUGGAAACCCCUUGCAAUCGAAUCCAAGGAGGCUGCUGCUGCCUACGCUUUAUCUCGGUUGGCUCCUAACUAUGCGGAGAUAGCACGGGUGCUCGAUGAAUUCGAAGGAAAUGACUUUUCCCCUACCUCUUUGUUGGAUUAUGGCAGUGGUAUUGGUGCAGGUUUUUGGGCAGUAAACGAGCGUUUUGGAACCUCAGUAAAAGAAUAUUGCAUGGUUGAUCCAUCGAUCGAAUUGUCUCAUUUCUCAAUGGAUAUUAUGAGGGAUGAGAACGGAAAGCUUCUGCACAAUAACAUGAACUUCCGUAGGCAACCUGUCCCUUCACUCCAAACGACAUAUGAUCUUGUGAUUGCUCAUCGAAGUCUUUGUGAAUUGGGUUCACGAGAAACACGACUGCAAAGCAUAGAGUCUUUAUGGAGGAGAACAAAUCGGUUCCUCAUACUCAUUGAUUCUGGUUUGCAAAGCGCGUUCGAUGCAUUGAUGGAAGCCCGGGACUUUCUUCUACUAUCGGGUACACGAUUGCAUUUAGAAGACACCAUGUCGUUGUUGCAAGAACGUAAUUUGAUGUCACCUCAAAUUGAAGAAGUCCUUAACGAUAAACACAUUAGCGAUUUGGAGCGGUUUAUGAUUAUUCGUGAAAUGGUUCCUCCUGAGUUGGAGUUGCCAACAGCGCUGCCUCCUGCCACUGUAUACUCGCCGUGUCCACAUGAUCUCGGAUGUCCAAAGCUGACAUCUAAG